UUUGAAAAGUGUUGCCUUUGACCGUGCCUUUGUUUUCAAUUUAUUGGAAGUCCUUCACUCGUCUGGACGCGCGGAGAACGUUUUACGUGCACUGAGACCGCAGGCAUCCAAUAUUUGGAGGGCGCAUCAUUUUCGUUUUUAUCGCAUUAUCCAUUGUAUCCGCCUCUGGUUUCGAGGUGCCUUGCACACACUACACAACCUCUAAUUUACGCAAACUUCAGUGGCCAAGUUUCAGCCUGUCAGGCCAAUAAAUUUUAAGAAGAAAGAGGUGUCUGCAUCGCAGACUGCGAUGGGCUACGUCAGACAGAGUAGUCGUCAGACUAUCUCAAGAAGAGUGAGAGAGAGUGACGUUCCGAAUUGAUGUUGCAAGUGCGUGUGUAACAAUUAAACGUUCUCUCGAGUUGUUGGAAGAAUUCUAUGUCUAAUUUCUAAUUGUCUAUACUGUCGUUCGAUGUGCGGACUAGUAAACAAAAAAAUGAGUAGCGACAAAAAAAUGAGUAGCGUCAAAGAAACGAAAGAAGCAGUGGUGGACUUAACGUAUAUCUGCAGUCAGGUGCGUUUCCAUCUGAAUUAUUUUGAAGAGGAGAAAAAAGAAAUGUUGAUCCUACAGUACAUCAAGCAGUUUAAAAACCACGGAGCAGUUCAGGAUUUUCCAAAAGGCUUGGAAUGGUUUAACGUGUCCGAGGGAUUGUCACUGGAGCAACAUCUACAAGGAAAAAUCGUGCUUUUGGACUUCUUUACAUAUUGUUGCAUCAAUUGCAUGCAUGUUUUGACUGACCUGGAAGAAAUCGAGAAAGAAGUCUCUGUAGAGGAUGGUCUCGUGGUAAUCGGAGUGCAUAGCGCAAAAUUUUCAAACGAGCGCAGUUCAAAGAAUGUCUUAUCUGCUGUGCAGAGAUAUAAUAUCAUGCAUCCUGUGGUAAAUGAUGUAACAUUAAGAAUGUGGCAUGACAUGGGAAUAACGUGUUGGCCUACCCUAGUUAUGUUAGGUAUAAAACACAACGAUAUCAAAUAUGAAUUUCCUAUCGUCACAGCUGUGUCUAAAUUUAUUUUAGGACCUCAUAAUCAACCACUGGCUGUUUUUGUGGGUGAAAAUCACAAAGAUGAAAUACUAUCGUACACAAAAGUAGCAAUAGCUUAUUUCAAAUCUUUCAACCAAAUAUCAGAUCAUAGUCUUCCAUUGAAGCCAGCGCAUCAUCUUUUACCAUCUUCUAAAGACGGUCUACUAUUUCCUGGCAAACUAACGAUUUUUCAGUUGGAGCAAGAAACGAAGCUAAUUAUAUCUGAUAGCGGUAACAAUAGGAUUGUAAUUACAAAUGAGCACGGGAGAGUGGAACAUGUUAUAGGUGGAUACAAUCAGGGUUUUAAAGAUGGUGAUUUCAAAAAUGCUAGAUUCAAUUCACCUCAAGGGGUUUGUGUGCUGAAUGAUAUAAUCUACGUUGCGGACAAUAAUAAUCAUGCUAUUAGAAAAAUAGACCUGGAAAAAAGAAUCGUAUCCACCAUAGCUGGUACCGGUUCACAAGGUUGCGAUCGAGUUGGUGGAAGACACGGCACUGAUCAAGCUUUAUCGUCCCCUUGGGAUGUGGCAAUUUAUCAUCACAAGUAUAAAGACACUACGGUGCCAGUCUUGUUAAUCGUCAUAGCGGGUACCCAUCAAAUCUGGGCGCUGUUUUUGGAAGAUACCAUUUGGUGGAAGGAAAAAAAAUACCCGGCGGGCACAUGCGCUGCUAUCGUUGGAAAUGGACAAGAGGAAAAUCGCAACAAUACUUAUCCUCAUGCCGCGGCACUGGCACAACCCUCUGGCAUUGCGGUUGUUCAGGAAUGUAAAGUUGCGUUUUUAGCGGACAGUGAAAGCAGUACUAUCAGACGGCUGCAUUUAGAUAGUGGACAAGUAUCCGCUGUUUGUGGAGGAGAUAAAAAUCCAACGAACUUAUAUGCUUUUGGAGAUGCAGACGGAAAAGGACAUUUGGCUAAACUUCAACAUCCAUUAGGUGUAACGUGGAAUCAUUUGGAUAAACGAAUUUAUGUGGCCGAUACUUACAAUCAUAAAAUUAAAAGCGUAGAUACUACAACGGGGCAUUGCAAGACAUUGUUUGGCGACGGAAAACCCGAUCGUACAUUUACCUUCGAUGAACCGAGUGAUCUUGCUGUUAGUCCAAACGGUAAUAUUCUUUAUGUAGCAGAUACCAACAAUCACGCGCUUAAAAUUAUUGAUCUAAAAAAUGAGAAGAUUUCAACCAUGCCUAUCGUAUCCAGACGUGACUCGAAUAGAAACACCGACAGUGUAUUCACUUUUGAUACAACAGUGAAUGCACGCGGUGGAGAACUAAAUAUUUCAUUUAAUAUCGUAUUUUCGAACGAUUUGAAAUUAAAUGCAGGCGCACCACAAGAAUGGCAGGUGUCUUUACCUGCAAAUACAUGGACGGCGAAAUCAUUGACGGGUAGACUUUCGACUCCUAUAUCGGUGAAACUUCCUGAAGAAGAAACGUGCAAUCAAUUGCCUGUCACAUUAAACAUAAUGGCUUGCACAGCGGACUCGUGUGUACCACUAAAGCUGUCGGUAUUGUUCAACGUACAACGAAAAGCAGAUGCGCCAACAGUUGUGACCGAAGAGAAAGAACUCGUUAUUGGUUAGGAAAUGCGUUUUAUUCUUUCAAGGUAUGUCGAAAAGUGUAAACACAUGCGUUGUGUAAUGAAUAUUUUUACGCUAUUACAUUUUGGAAAUGUGCAUUUAAUAUAAGCAUACAGUGCUGCGCUUAGAUAAUUAAAAAUUAUUUAGAUACAGAUAAGAUAAA